CUGCGAUAUCUCACCAGCAAUGGCAUCAGCCGAAGACGCAAUGAAGACAGUGGCCAAUGCGCUGGACACGCUGUAUAAUAACCCAGACAACGCGGCAAAGCUACGCGCGAACGCUUGGCUUCAGGACUUCCAGCACACCAAGGAUGCAUGGGCAACGAGCAAUGCGUUGCUACUUGCUCCAGAAGCCCCGAUUCAGUGGAAACUGUUCGCUGCGCAGACGUUUCGAGCGAAGGCAACUUACGAUCUCUCUCAACUUACACCAGCAGAACGAGUGAACCUACGUGACAUGCUGCUAGGAGCGAUGGGGGCAUUCGCUGGUGGGCCACGACCGGUUCUGACCCAGAUAUGCCUAGCGCUCGCCGUGAUGGCGCUACAAAUGCCAGAUUGGACCGGCGCUGUGUCAGGAAUGAUCGAGGCGUAUGGUGCGAACGCCAGGAUGGUGAAUGCGCUGUUGGAUUUCUUGACCGUGCUGCCUGAGGUCGUCGGAGAAGCCCACGUCCCUAUUUCGCCAGAGGAGGCAAACCAACGAGCAGCGGCACUGUUGACGGGGAAUUCAGCACAGGUGCUCCAGCUACUUGCCCGAUACAUCAAAGCAGAUGGCGUCACCGAAUCCAUCCAGCAGGCAGUGUUUGAAUGUGCUAGAACCUGGAUCACAUACGGCGAGAUCAAUCCCUUGUCAUUCGCCGCCACCCCACUGUUCGACUUCGCUUUCCGUGCAUUAUCGGAUGACGCCCUAUUUGACGGAGCCGUCGACAUGAUAUGCGAUCUUAUCCACGAAACCCAGGAAGUCAGUGAGAAUCUACCGGUCAUACAGAGGAUUGUACCCCUCGUCAUCGCUUUGCAGCCUAUGCUCACUCAAUCCGCCGACGAUCCGGAGCGAAUCAAAGGCAUCUGCCGGAUCUUUGUACAGGCUGGCGAGAGCUACAGGCAACUCAUCGUUCAUCAUCCCGAGACGUUCUUCCCUAUCGUUCAAGCCAUUGCACAGUGCUCAUCCCUGGACGAUUUCGACAUCGUUCCAGUUACCUUCCCGUUCUGGUAUCGUUUUGCUGGCGCGUUGGGCAAGCUGAUCCAGGUACCCAAACAAUUUAUGGACGUAUAUGAAGGACUUGUGCACACCCUGAUUCGCCACCUACAAUAUUCACAAGACCCUACCAGCCUGUCCCCUCAGGAGGUGGACGAUUUCCGCGAGUUUCGACACGAGAUGGGUGACACCCUCAAAGAUUGUUGCUCUAUCCUGGGUGCCGACAGGUGCCUAGGGAUCGCUCUCGAACAUAUCAAGGUGGCGAUCGGGAAACACGACGGUUGGCAGUCCAUUGAGGCGCCAUUAUUCUCGAUGCGGUCAAUGGGCGCCGAAGUGGACAUCCACGCCACCUCUGUGGUUUCACAGGUCCUCGAGAUUAUUCCCAGCCUACCACAACAUCCACGAGUGCGGUACGCGGCACUAUUGUUCGCUGGACGCUACACUGAGUGGAUUAACCUACGACCGGACUACAUCCCGUUCAUCAUGAGCUAUAUCUCGGAAGGCUUUGCUACCAGCGACCCAGAUGUCAUUGCCGCAGCUUCACAGGCCAUGAGCUAUCUAUGCAAGGAUUGCAAGACACAUCUUGUGUCGUACUUGCCACAAUUGCACCAAUUCCUACAGACCCGUGGGCAGCAAAUGCACCAAGAAGAUGUCAUGUCUAUCUACGACGGUGUCGCGUGGGUAUUGAGCAGUCUACCGGUUUCAGAAGCUGCUGCGGGGUUGCUGCAGUUCUCCACUCCCCUCAUACAGCAAGUCGCAGAGGCAACUCAACGAGCCGGCGACUAUUCGCGGGAUGAACUCAAGCCUGUCGCGGAUGCCCUGGAAAAUUUAGAAAGCUUGAUCAAGGUCAUGAUUGGCUUUGGUGAACUUUUCCCAACAGAUUGUCUCGACACUCCAGGUCGGGUAUGGCCAAUCUUCGACGCUUUCCUAGCACGGUACGGAACGACAUUUUUCAUUUCGGAGCGUAUCACAAGUGUCAUUCGACGAGCAAUCCAGGACUGGCCAGUCGACAGCUGCCGGCCCUUGACUGCAGGUGUUGCAGCAAGGAUGUGCAAGUGUUUCCAGGAAAGCGGAUUCUCUGGGUACAUCUGGAUUUCUGGCAAGCUCAUUGACCGGUACUAUGCUGGCGGGGACGCACAGCUGCAUGCAACGUUUGCCACAAUGUUCGAUCAAGAGACGCGCAAGCUGAUCGAGAUGUAUGCGGAAAACCAGAGUCGUCCGGACGUGAUCCAGGACGUAAUUGAUGAUUACAUCCACUUGCUAAUGCACGUGGCAGAGCAGAUGCCUGAUUCGCUGUAUCUUUCCCCGUCCUUCCCACUUAUUUUCCAGAUUGUCCUUGCAGGUCUGAAGAUCUCCAACGUAGACUUGAACCACAUUACACUCUCAUUCGUUCUGAAUAUUCUCAACAACCCUGGCCUUAUCAACGCCGCUUUGGAACCGACACUUCAACCGCCCGCGUACGUCACCGGCAUUCGAAGUGUGGUGGAGACGCACGCCCCUCAACUCCUGGAAUCACUUCUGACCGGUAUGAUGGAUCAUUAUGUGGAAGACUGCAUAGAUCUCGUUAUGGAUGUUGUCCACGUCAUGGCGAAGCUAUGGCAACAUCAACUUCUCACCUGGCUACAACCAACCCUGUCGCAAAUUCCAGAUAAUCUUGUGUUGCCCGAAGCCAAGAUCGCAUUUUUCCAAGACAUGACCCAGGCACUUGGCCCAUCAAGUAUUGACAAGGUCAAGCAAGCAGUGCUGAAUUUACACCGCGCUUCCCGGAGGUUACGGCAACGGAGAAUGCAUAUGAUUGAUAUGGCUCGGGACAGGUAGAUUCAGUCAGCAUUUCACUUACUAUAUACCUCGGCUAGUACGAUACAGUUGUGCGUAUCGCAUCUAGAAACUGUGAUAGUAGUAUACCAACAACGUC